AAAAUAUAUAAAUGCACAGACAAAGAGGUGUUUAAGUUGUUGUCUGCUACAUUAUUUGUACGAAAUUUGUCGUAUCAACUGGGUUUGUAUGAUCUGAACUGUGAGAUUCUGUUCAGUGAGACAACAUGCAUGUUAAAUUGGGUGUUGCAACUCAAAAAGGUUGAGAACUGCUCCUUUAACGGGAGGCAUUACAUCACUAGCUGACAAUCUGCCCCAUCAGCUUGUUCUCUACAGUUUCCUCCUGCUGCGUCCAGAGAAAACCAUCUGUGGCUCCAUCUCUCUGCUCUCAGAGCUGAGAGGAAACAAACAGUGGAGGCUGAGAUGUUCAGACUGAACCCGGACUGUUGGCUCUGGUCGCCCUCACCUCCUCCUUGUCUCCAUCCUCCACACUCAGGGAGCUUUGCUUCAGCCGAGAUGAACCACCAGGAGGAAGAGGAAGAGGAGGAAGAGGAGGCAGGAGAGCAUCCUGCUGCUUGCUGCUACACUACAGGUUGUGAUGACAUCAUCAGCCAGGAUCCUCGGUGGGCCCCCGCUGACCCCCCCCUCCACUCAGGGGUCCCCAGCAGCUCCGGCCCGGCUGGACGAGGUCCCGGUGCUCCUCAGCAGCCAGAAACAGUGCUGGGUGGCGCCGGGGGAGCCGUGUGGCAGGUUGCUGGUGGCGGUCGGUGCUGGGAGGGUUCGGGGAUGAACCCCCAGGGAUGUGUUUGUGUUUAUGGGCAGAGGGAACCAGAAGGUUUGGGGCCCUGCUGGCCUGGAUCUCCAUACGUCUACUACGGAGGUGAGUCAGGUUUCCUUCUGUCUAAACGUAACAAAAAUGAUAAAAAAUUAACAGAAAUAAAAUGCUCCAUCAGUGGAAGCAGGUCAGUCUCAUUGAGAUUACAAAAUCUCUUUUCAAGGGAGCAAAAUAAGAGUGAUAGUGUUUCAACAACUUACAGUGAAAAACAGCCAAAAAUGUAAUAAAACCUAUGCACUAAAGCAGAGGUCUCAAACUCAAAUUACCUGGGGGCCGCUGGAGGCACUAUCAAAAUGACCAAAAAAAGACACAAAAUAACAGAAAAAAAACCCUAAAUUACUUAAAAAAGACACAAAAUGACUGAAAAAACACUUUAAAAAAGUCACAAAAUUAUUUUAAAAAGACACAAAAUUACUAAAAAAGACACAAAAUGAUUGAAAAAAGACACAAAAUUACUAAAAAAGACACAAAAUUAAAAAAAAAAAGUAAUCAAAGGGACCUUCCACACACAACACGGUAAAGUGCCAUUCAUAUAAAAAAAGGGCCACAAUUGGCUCGCGGGUCGCGAGUUUGAGACCCCUCCACUAAAGCCUUUAAAAGUUCAGGUUAUGAGAAGUUUCACAUGUUGGCAAAGUUUUAAAUGUAGUCAGCCUUUAUUAUUAUAGUGCAAUCCAAUAAAUGUGACUCUGUGUUGCAGAGAGUUUAAUACUUUUCCUGGUGUCACACUUUGUUUGGCGGCUGUCCUUCAUCAGGAUACUUUAAGGACUCUUCCCUCUGUUGUGCCGAGACAACACCCAGAGGCCGACAUGCCUUUAUAAUUAUAAUGCUUAUAAUUAACAGCCAUCUCUUAGAACAUACCGUACACGACAGAACAAGCGACUGACUGGCUCUGCUGCAGUGUUAUAUAACUGGUUAUAAGACAGAAAUCACAGAAACUGGAGCCGCUGUGGACAAAAUAUUUAAUAAAAAAUAAAUAAUUAAGUGUUUGGCUCGAUACGAAGGGACAUUUGUAUAUAUAUUUAACCUUUUCCCUGACCUGAUGCUGGCUGCAGUUUGAUAUGCAGGAUGUUCUGGUUUAUUCUGUCCUCCUGUCUGCUGGGAGUUUGACUCGGGGAACGGGUUUGACUUUAUGUUAGAUGGUCACUGAUUGGCUGACUCAGCCGACCUGAUUUCCUCAGGUCGGCUGAGUCAGUGAUCUCUUUUAAGUUUCUUCUUAAAACAUACUUUUAUCGAAGGGCCUUUUCCUGAUUUUACCUGAACUUUCCUUGAAUUGUCUUCUAAUCGCACAGAAUGUUGUCAUUUUCUUAUUCUACAGCCUUGGUAUUACAACAGUAACACUACACUUUGUAACCUGUGUUUAGAAAACUUUCUUCUGGUGUUUGCUUCCUGCAGUGAGGAGGAACCUGGUGGUUGGAGUGGAGGUGGUGGAGGAGGUCGCUGUUGAAGACACUCUAGAAGUAAUAACAGAGGACAUAUACACAGCUGAUCUGCUGGACCCUGAGCUGCUGCAGGAAACUCAGCUGUUCCCCACAUGAGCCCCAGAGUAACUUCCAGCUGGUCCAGUUUCAACUGUAUUUCACAUAUUUAUCAAAUUUGUUUAUUUUAUACAUUUCACUUUCGUUGUGCCUGACAUGCUGUUAAUCUUUGUUUUUAAUUGAAGUCUUUGUCAACUGCGAUAUAAAGGAUUUAUAACAGAAAACAGAAUAAAAAAAUGACUGAUUAA